AUGUAUCAAGAACUAAGCUGGUUUGAAACAUUGAAACCAGGUGAACUAGUGAAUCAUUUUAUUGAAGACUUGAAUAAUAUUCGUGAAGGUAUUGGCUUGAAUAUUGUUGAUUUAUUAUGCACAACUGCUAAUUCUCUUGGUAGUCUUACAUUCUCAUUUUAUGUUGGUUGGAAAUUAACAUUAGUUUUUCUAAGUACGACGCCUAUUAUUGUAGCUGCUUUUAUCAUUACAAGACAAAUAGGAACUGCAUAUACAGCUAGAGAAAAAACUGCAUCUACCAGCUCCAAUGCUAUUGUAAAAGAAAGUUUAACUGCAAUAAAAACUGUUACAGCCUAUGGUGGACAACAAAAAGAACUCAAGAAGUCUGGUCUCGAGUUUGUUCGAACGGAAUGUAGAAACUACAAUGCUGGAACUGUCAUAGUCGUUUUUGUUACUUGUUUAAUGUCAACAUUUGGUUUAACGAAAUUACAACCAAUAAUUCAAAGCAUGAUUGACACUUCUAUAUCUCUGCAUUUCAUUUUUAAUAUCAUUGAAAGAAAAUCAGAGAUUAAUGCGUCAGAAAAUGAAGGUAAAAUAGAAGUACCAUUGAAUACAUCAAGAGAUAUCACAUUUGAUAAUGUUGAAUUUGUGUAUAAAUCACGAGAAACUCCAAACUUUAACCUUGUUAUUCCAUCAGGAAAAAUAACUGCUAUUAUUGGUGAAUCCGGAUGUGGAAAAAGUACAGUAUUUAAAUUAAUUCAACGUGUAUAUGAUCCAACAAAAGGCCGGUUGCAUCAAAACAAAAUAUCAUUUAUAUUAAUAUCAUAUAUUUUCGUCACGGCUACCGGUACAAGAUCUCAAGUUAAAAAAUAUAAUAAAAAAUUAUUACCAUAUACCAUUAUUACUAAUUCAUCAUCUCAUAUAAUUGCAACAACUAAUUCAAUUGUUAAUCAAACAUUUAAUACACAUACAAUGGCUGAUCAAACAUUAUUAGCAAAAGCUCGAAAAGCUCGAUUUGAUGAUUUACCAAAUUUUUCAGGACAUCCUUCUGAGGAUGUUGAACGAUUUUUAAAAUGCAUUAAAAAUAUUACCAAAGCCAAUGCUGAAUCAGAAAAUAAAGAAAUUCUUGAAAUUGUACGUGGUAAAUUAACUCAAUCAGCAGGCUUAUGGUUUGAUAACAAUGAACAUAAUUUUAAAAAAUGGUCAGAUUUCGAAGUCCAAUUUCGAAAUCGUUAUUUCUCAACAACAAUGAUCCAUAAAAAGUUUGAUCAAUUAAAGCAACGAAAACAAUUACAUAAUGAACCUGUUACUGCUUAUAUUGAUGAUGUCAUUAAUUUAUGUCGUGAAAUUGAUCCAACUAUGUCAGAUUCAAUUAUCAUUCAACAUCUGAUGAGUGGUAUUAAUCCUGAUUUUAAAAAAGAAAUUUCUCGGCAUGAAUCAUGUUUAUAUAACUUAAAUGAAUUUUUAAAAUAUGCCAAAAUUGAACAAGAUUUACAUGAUACAUUUGAUAAAUCUCAACAAUUAUCAUUCGAAUAUACACAACAAAAUGUUUUAAAUAAUUAUCGACCAUUUACUUCAGUUACAACCACAGUUAAACAACCUAGACAACAAUAUCAAUUUAUGAAACAAAACAAAUUUUUAUCACAUACAUUACCCACACAGAGCUCCAUUAUUAAUCGGAACUCGAACUACCAACCAGCACUUCAAUCAACAUAUGUACCUGACGAACAUUCACAAGAAAAGAUAUUCACAAAUAAAUAUAUCAAUAAUCAACCAGCCUCACAGCAACAAUAUAAUCCUUGUAAAUUGUACAAUGUCUCCACAUUUUCAAUAACUGGGUCACAUGAUGGCGGUGUUCCCAGUCAAUGUAUUCAGCCAUCAACAACAACAUCUUCUCCCGUUUAUAUCAAGAUUCGUGUUAACAAUCAACCAACUGAAGCAAUUGUUGAUACCGGCUCCGCCAUCUCAAUCAUUCAUGCAAAUUUUCUCAAAACUAUUCAUCAUGAAAAUUUUAUUUAUAACAAUUAUAUAUGUCAAACAGCAAAUUCAACACCACUUAAUAUAAUCGGUCAAAUUAAAUUAGAACUAAGACUUAAAUCAACAACAACAUACGUCAUCGCUCAUGUGGCAACAAAUUUAAUUACAUCUGUAUUAUUAGGUAAUGACUGGAUUAAUUCAAAUCAUGUUCAUCUAUUUGGUGAUCAACAACAAUUGACUAUUCCUGAUCAACAUGAUCAAUUAAUAUCGAUUUCAUACGUAGCACCUACAUCUAUUAAUUAUCCAGCAUUAUUAAUUGAUCAAAUUACUCUUCCACCAUACUCACAAAUAUUAGUUGAUAUUUCAUGUGAAAUUAACAAUGAUAAUAAUCUGAUAUUUGAACCAUAUUCAAACUAUGCCUCAAAAUUUAUUUUUAUACCACAUACAUUAUUAAAUAUCAACAAUCAUAAAGCUAAAAUAUUACUAAUCAAUGCUCAGAAUCAACAAACAAUAUUACCAAGAAAUACACGAAUCGGAACUCUUUCUCGUCCCUCAACUUACACAAUAUGUUUUAGUACAUCAAGUCCAACAAAACAAAAUUCAUCUUUCAAUAAAUAUAAUCAAUCAACAUCCAGAAAUUCAACCAAAUUAAAAUGUAGAGCUGUCACACAUAAAAAUGACAACUCGGAAGAAGAAAAAUUAGAUAUUAUUUGUGAUAAUUGCAAUGAAUAUUUUUUAUCUGGUAAUGAUUUACAAAAACAUUUACGAGCAAAAUGCUACUCUGAUGAAAUUCGUCAAAAAAUAUUCGAUUUAACAAAACAUAUAGGAAAUGAAAAAAACCGUUCGAAAAUUGAAGAUAUAUUAUGGCAUAAUAAAAUUCUAUUCGAUCCUACACCAUCCAUUAUUAACAUUCCACCACAAUCAGCAAUCAAGACAGGUGAUCAUCCACCUAUUUACUCAAAACAAUAUUCGUCUUCUUUAAAAGAUCAAGAUAUUAAAUUGCAAGAAACACAAAAAUUAUUAGAACGUGGUCAAAUUGAAGAAUCAACUUCUCCAUGGUCAUCACCUAUUGUUCUUGUUAAGAAAAAAGACAAAACAAUGCGAUUUUGCAUUGAUUAUCGACGAUUAAAUACUAUUACAAUUAAAGAUGCAUUUCCAUUACCCCGUAUUGAUGAAAUUUUUGAUCAAUUAUCCGAUGCAAUGUAUUACACAAAAUUUGAUUUUAAAUCUGGUUAUUUCCAGGUACCUCUAUCUAAAGAGGACCGACCUAAAACUGCAUUUUCAACUCGUGACAACCAUUAUCAAUUUACUGUAUUACCCCAAGGAAUUACAAAUGGACCAGCAACAUUUCAACGUGUAAUAAAUCAUAUAUUAGGGCCUGCGAGAUGGAAAUAUGCAUUAGCAUAUAUCGAUGAUGUAAUUAUUUUUUCGAAAACAUUUGAAGAACAUUUAAUACACCUUAAUGAUAUUUGUACAAUAUUAAAAAAUGCUCGAUUUCGUCUGAAUCCAGACAAAUGUGAAAUUGCUCAAACUGAAACAGAUUAUCUUGGACACAAUAUAAAGAAUGGUGAAAUUCGUCCAAGUUCUCAUAAUAUUAAUGGUUUAUUGAAUACCAGAUUACCACAAACUGCAGAUGAAGCUUGUAAAUUUGUUAAAGCAGCUGAAUAUUAUCGCAAAUUUAUUCCCAAUUUUUCUCAAAUCGCUGAACCACUUAGGAAAUUUGUUCCAACUACAAGAACUCAACAAAAGAAAGGACAAAAAACAAUGAUUACAUUAACACAAGAUGAACUUAAAGCAUUCGAACAACUUAAACAAUUUCUUACAACUGACUUAGUGUUACGAUUACCGAACAAUAGAUUCCCUUUCAAGGUUCAAACAGAUGCUUCGGAGGAGGGAAUCGGUGCAGUAUUAUUACAAAUAUAUCCAGAUGGUGAUAGACCAAUUGCAUAUCUUUCGAAGAAAUUUACACAAGCACAACGCAAAUGGUCUCCAAUGGAACAAGAAUGUUACGCAUUUAUAUGUGCAUUAGAUAAAUGGCAUAAUUAUUUAAGUGGAAUUCAAUUUACUUGGGAAACUGAUCACAAAGCAUUAACACAAUUAAACCAAAAAGCUCAAAUUAACAAACGAUGCGAGAGAUGGAGAUUAAAAAUUUUAGAAUAUGAUUUCAAGGUGAAAUACAUUCCAGGCUUAACAAAUUCUAUGCCCGAUUAUUUAUCAAGAUCUCCUGUUGAAGAUGCUGAAGAAGAUCCUGAUGAAACCACACACCUUCAUUCCAAAUCAACACAAACUGAUAUUUUAUAUGAUAACCAACAUUCAUCCAUCAUCGCAGCUGUUGAAACUCGUGCUAUGAAAUUACGAAAUAACACUUUAAAUGAACUUUCAAAUACAACAAAAUUAACAUCAGAUUCUCUACAUAAUUCUAUUCAAGAGAAUCGCACUACUCCAUUUUCAAUUGAAGAAUUAAUUCAAGCUCAACAAAAUGAUACUUAUGCAAAAAAUAUUUUUAAUAAUAUCAAGAAAUACAAACAUUAUAUUAUAAAAGACAAUAUCUUGAUGCGUCGAUCUAAAACUCCAGUUCCAUAUGUACCACAAGGUGAUUUUCGACGGACAAUUUUACAAAUAUAUCAUGAUACAGCAGCCAAUGGUGCUCACUUUGGAAGAAAUAAAACAAUACAUAAAAUUAAACAACGUUAUUUUUGGCCAUCAAUGUACAAGGAUAUUAAUAAUUAUAUCAAAUCAUGUAUCCCAUGUGCACAAUUUAAUCCUCGUCGACAAAAAACUCCGGGUACUUUACAACCAAUACAACCACCUGAUGGAGUAUGGCAAUUAGUAGCUAUGGAUUUUCAUGGACCUAUUACACCAAUAUCUCAACGCGGCAAUAAAUAUAUCAUAUCUCUUACCGAUGUUUUAUCCAAAUUCGUUGUUACCAAAGCUGUACGUGAUAAUACAGCUCAAACAGCUGUUAGAUUUCUUAAAGAAGACGUUAUCGCAAAAUUUGGAACACCUCGAUGUCUUCUUACUGACAAUGGAACACAUUUUACAUCAACGUUGAUGAAUGAAUUAUGUAAACAAAUUGGUAUCACACACUUGUAUUCAACACCAUACCAUCCUCAAACUAAUGGUCAAGUUGAAAGAUAUAAUUCAACUAUGGACGCAAAAAUUGCAGCAUUAUCAAAUUUUAAGAAAACUGAUUGGGAUGAUCAAUUACCAUUUGUUACAUUUAAUUAUAAUGCUACAAUUCAUUCAACUACAAAACAAAUACCAUUCCAAAUGAUGUACGGACGAUUACCAACAUUACCCUUCGAUUAUCAAGCCGAUAACGUCACAUUAUCAUAUGAUGCUGAACAUACCGUCAAACUCAAAAAUUUUUUGUCAAAAUUAAAUGAACAAGCCAAAUUAAAUAUUCUAAGGAAUCAAGCUCGAUACAAACAACAUUAUGAUAUUCAUCGUUCUGAUCCCUCAUAUAAUAUUGGCGAUUUAGUUCUUGUUAAAACACUCAACACCCGUCACAAAUUCGAUAUUCGUUAUGAAGGACCAUUUAGAAUUACCAAACAAUUGACACGAAAAACAUUCAUUCUUCAACACGUCAAGAAACCAACUUUACAUCGUCAAGUUACAUCAGACGUGUUAUUACCAAUAUUUGAACGUAUUUAUUAG